GAGGAAUAAAAGCGUCGAUGCAAGAUUGGCCUAGAAUUUCACACGUUUCUCUUUCUUGUUCUCCCUGCUACUUCAUAGCUGCCAACGUUAAUUGAAAAACAUGUCUGGAGCUCUCAAUCUCAUCUCCCGUCUUGCGAUUCCCGCUGCUGUCGGAGUUUCGCUUUUUCAAUUGAGCGUAUAUGACGUCAAGGGUGGAACCAGAGCGGUGAUUUUUGAUAGGUUGACGGGGGUUAAAGAGAAGGUCGUUAAUGAGGGGACUCAUUUCUUGGUACCGUGGUUGCAGAAGGCGAUUAUCUACGAUGUACGUACAAAGCCUAGGAAUAUCUCUACCACCACUGGGAGUAAAGAUCUCCAGAUGGUAUCUUUGACCUUGAGGGUUUUGCAUAGACCUGAAGUGCAGGCUUUGCCUAAGAUUUACCAGUCCCUGGGCCAAGACUAUGACGAGCGAGUCCUCCCCUCCAUCGGCAACGAGGUCCUAAAGUCCAUCGUGGCCCAAUUCGACGCGGCAGAGCUCAUCACCCAGCGCGAGCAAGUCUCCAAUCGCAUCCGUGCCGACCUCCUCAAGCGAGCGCAGGAAUUCAACAUUGCGCUUGAGGACGUCUCCAUCACACACAUGACCUUUGGCCGUGAAUUCACUCGCGCCGUCGAACAGAAGCAGAUCGCGCAGCAGGACGCCGAGAGGGCUAGGUUCAUCGUCGAGAAGGCCGAGCAGGAGCGUCAGGCGAAUGUCAUCCGUGCCGAGGGAGAGGCUGAAAGUGCCGAGACCAUCUCCAGAGCUGUGGAUAAGGCUGGUGAUGGGUUGAUCUUUAUUCGUAGGAUCGAGGCCGCGAAGGAGGUUGCGCAGACUUUGGCUAAUAAUCCGAAUGUUACGUACUUGCCCGGUGGGAGGGGUGGUGAGGGCGGGAGUGGAGGGACCGGGUCGAAUAUCUUGCUUGGGUUGAGGACUUAAAAGGGGGGAGGGUCCUGUGGGUGAUUCCCUUAUUUUUAUUUUCUCAGCGGGGUAGAUUGAGAAUGUGGAUGCUUCUUUUCGGGUACAUAAUUGUCUACGAAAAAUAACAAUCUCCUCUUUCCUUUU